AGAGUUCGGAGGAAACAAGAACCACUGUUCCUUUGUAUUUUUAAAAAUGGCAUGCUUAAACAUGCAACUCAAUAAUGAUCAACAACAAGGAGGGUUCUUGGGACCAAGAAUCUCUUUCUCAAAUGAUUUUUGUGAUACCCAACAAACAGCGACCAAUACGAAGCACACCACCAGUUACAGAGAAGCUCCUGUGACUUCCGAUUUUGAGUUUUCGGUACCUUGUUUGUCUUCAAAUUCUGCCGAUGAACUCUUCUUCAAAGCCAAAGUUCUACCAUUGAAGGAGAAGGUGGUGACACUCAGAGAUGAGCUUCUUGCUGCUAAUGACGACGAUGAUGACAUCUUCUUGCCAAAAAGUUCAGGGUGGUGGAAAUUCGGAAGAACUCAAAAUCUAAAUCCCGCAAAGAAAGUUGAACAUAAGAAUCAUGGUGGAUUGGAGACCAUAGAUGAAGGAAACCAAUAUAUCAGGAAAUAAUCUAUCGAUGUGAUCUGUGGCAAACCAACAACUAGGAAGGCUGGAUCUUCAUAUUAUUAGUAUAUUUUUUUGUCUUAAUCAUGAUAUUAUUUUGGAGAAAGUUAUUAGGGUUUUGAAUUUGAUCAUAGAUGUUCAGUUUUGUAUGCAUUCAUUUGCCUCUUUCGGUAUUCUGUACAAAUAGUUGGACCAUAUAAAGUGACUUUAAUUAGUUGAGAACUGUUCCACCAUCGACAGUCUUUGUACAGAAUUUGAUCGGAAU